AUGCAUAUCGCCGAUUUAUUAACACUAGGUUUGAAAAUCAUACUCGUUUUAUUAAUCACGAUACUUUCUGUGUGUCCUGGUAUGGGAGAUGAUCCUAUGAGAGGAGCGUCAGGCGUUAUACCAGGAAAAGUUGGGGAAAUUCCAAAAGGAAUGCCAACAAGUGGAGGUGGCUUUGAUCCAUCUAGUUUUUUAGGUGGGGGUGAUCCAAAAUCUGGUGGAAAAAUUCCAGGAUUUGACUUGGGAAAGGCCUUAAAUCCUCAAGGACAACCACUAAAAGUGCCAAAAUCUCAAAAGGUUUCACAAAAUAAAGCACCACCGCCAAAACUAGAUCAAGUUGUAAAGGCUCCACCACAAGAUGCUCCGGGAGGAGGUAAUGAAGCUCCAUCGUCAGGAAGUCAAAAUGCGUUACUAAAAGAGCCACCACCAAUUUCUGACGUUCGAAAGCUUCCAUGGCAAGAAAAAGAGAAAGCGUGUAUUUUGGUCAGCGGUCCUCCUAAUAAUACCUUAAUUGCGCCGAAAAGUAAACAACGUAUUUCAUGGAAUCAAUCCCCUUGUCAAAUGAGUGCAAGAGUUGUGGGAAUGUUUCAAGUGAUGUUGUACAACAGUUUAAAAGCUGUUUCCGAUGCAAAGAAGAGUGACUUGACAAAAAGGGAUUAUUCACCAAACGGCAAGCUAUCAUAUGACUGGGGACCGAUUAUACCCAACCUUUAUGAUGACCGAAUUACAAACGCGUCAGAUUUCUACGUGCGCGUAGAAACAAUUUCGCAAUCUGGUAUUUUCGGCUCCACGCCCCCUUUAGGCGGAACGUACGGGCCAAUUGCAAUUGUACUACAAGGAAAUUCGGACGAUGAUGCGGAUAAUACAUCUCGUGGACAACAGGUUAAUCCGAUGGUGUCAUUACCUUCGGCUGUUAGAUUUGUACAGAUUCAAUCAUUGGUUGGACCAAUUUUAAUUGCGCUAGUACAUCAUUUUUGUCCGAUUUAG